GUAGGAGGGGCAAGUUCAGGCUGGAGACACCACAGGAAUGACAGACAGGAGGAAGCUGUCUUGCCCCACAUCCGCAUUUACUCAUUCAACUCACUUCACUGGAAAACAAUAACGCCCUGGAUACAUAACCUCACGCGCAUCUGACCUCUUUAUGCUUGCUUAUUCAUUCAUUCAUUCAUUUAUUUAUUAAUUCUUCUUCUUCUUCUUCUAAAGUUAUUGUAUCUGAGGGGUCCAUGACUGUUUACAUGCAAGAGGCACGCAAAUGAUGGAGCUUUAUUCUGAAUGAAUGUUGGAAUAUCUCUCUCUCUGUAUUGCUUGAAUAAAGAUGCUGGAGGACUUGAGUGGGACACACACCAGACCAGGCAACCUUAAAACGGGCUCAUUCAGCUUCUCAGCCCUGGCGAACCUACCACACUGCCUUCACAUGGACUCCAGUACACACCCUAUCAGGAGGACUCUGUAUCGGUUGAGGUUAGUGAGCUCUCCGAACCUGACUCAGCUGGGCAAGAAUGAGAAGGCGUCACUGGAGGAGCGAGGAUCUGGGCCAAACGCCACAUGGAACAGCAUUCACAAUGCAGUUAUCAGUGUUUUCCAAAAGAAGGGACUGGCUGACAACGAGCUCUACACACUCAACGAAGGUGUGAGGCAGCUGCUGAAAACUGAACUGGGCUCUUUUUUUACGGAGUAUCUGCAGAACCAGCUGCUGACCAAAGGCAUGGUCAUUCUGAGGGACAAAAUAAGAUUCUAUGAAGGUCAGAAAUUACUCGAUUCCCUGGCUGAGACGUGGGACUUCUUCUUUUGUGAUGUUCUCUCCAUGCUACAAGCCAUCUUUCACCCGGUCCAGGGGAAGGAGCCGUCAGUGCGGCAGUUGGCUCUGCUGCUCUUCAGGAACACAAUCACUCUGAAUAUGAAGCUGGAUGAAGCGCUUUCCAGACCACGAGCCCGUGUCCCUCCGUCCAUUGUCCAGAUGCUUCUGGUCCUCCAGGGUGUUCAUGAGUCGCAAGGUGUGACGGAGGAGUACCUGAAGCUGGAGUCGCUUAUUCAGAAGGUGGUGUCACCUUACCUGGGGACACACGGGCUCUGCGCACACGACUGUGACACCACACACUGCUCAUGCAUUAUGGACAAUCAUUUGCAGUGGUGCUGGUCCAAACCGGCUGAAAUCCCCUCCACCAAUCCAGUGGUGCGCUCCAAGAGCUACAACAUCCCCAUGCUCACCCCUGUGGCUGAGUACGACACGGAGGUCGGCUCAGUGGGUAGCGUGGGUAUCCGUCGCCACUCAGCCUGUGAGGUCACUUCCUGUAUGGAGCAGCAGGGCUUCUCUCUUUCAGUCAGCGUGGAGACAAGCUCCACCCCCAGGAUCUCGCUGGAGCACGAGCUCACCUUACCGACGGCAAAGCGUGGAGCCACGGCCCAGCCUGCUCUCAUCCUACCGUCCAUCUUUAUCCAGAACUCUGCGGGGCCUUUACAUGCUCAGACGUCCAUCUCGGAGACGGAUAAGGCCAUGUCUUCGCCCACGAGCUGCUCCUCCAGUCCGGAAACUAUCGUCAUGCAGGGCGUAGAUUCUGCAGAUUCCGAUCAGGAUGGGAUAUUCAUCGACUUUUCCCACUGCCGUUCGGACUCUUUCGGCACCAUCAGGAAGACGAGCUGACUUGUGUAACAUGCUGAAUUCGACCACAUAAUUUAUUUCAAUCACUACACAUGAUCAUGCACUCAUUUUGAAAUUUUCACAUCACACAUGUUGCCUAUGUUAUUAUUGGAAGAGCCUUGUAUGAGAACAGCACUUCUUUUUUUUUUUUAACAUUUUUUUAAAUUCCAUAAUAAGAAACCUGAGAAGACCGCUGUCCUUAUGCUGCUUUCCAAAUAGGACCGUCUUUAAUCUCAGGAGCACAAACACUGUCUAGAAAUGCUCACUCUCUCUAGGCAGCCUCAUCAGAAAUAAAACACCGAGCUAAUGUGCGUGGAAUAUCACACUGUACUGUAUGAGUGGUUAUCGGCAUUUGGGCUGUGGUUGGCCUCAAUUUGGGGGGACCCCAGAUACUGUGUUGGAUGUUUUAUAGUAAACACUUUUAUAAAAUGUACUACACGUAUGGAUACAUGGUAUGUUUUGGGGAUUUUUAGCUCAUUUUAUAAGUACACAUCAUCUCAAGGAGAAUUUAAUUUGCCUCAACAGUUCUCCAUGAAAGUGUAAAUAUCUUGCAUAGCUGAAAUAUGUGAUGUCAUCAGCCAGCAUUAUCAUUUCUUUCAUGCUUGUGCCUUCAUCAUCCAGGUACGGCGCAUUGUAUGUGUUUUUACUGCAGCUUACAGGUAAAAUAUGAAUGAUGCAAGGUCUAUGAACUUUCUUAUGAUUAAAAGAAAAAACAUCUGUCCAGACGUCUAUCCAAGAACGUGUGAUCAUACAUGUUUAACAUAAUUAUGUAAAAAUAGUUUGGGUUUUUUUGCAAUAAUAUAGAUAUGAUCAAGGGUAAAAGGAAGACCAUACAAAAUGUGAGACGAUAUGAUACGUUUUUGGUAGAAAAGUUAAUUUGUAGCUCAAUUCAGGUAAUUUUUUUUUUUAAAUAAAUCUGUAGCUUGACAGUUAUUUUCCUGGCAUGACACAUUACUACUUUUUUUUUCCUGAAAUUAUAAACAAUAGAAUAAGUAAUUGGUUAAAUUAGUAUUAUUUGAUAUGCAAACUAUUAUAGGAUUUAAAAGAAAUUUCUGAUCUUUCAGCUGUAAAUAUUGAAUAUUUCAGCUUCUAAAUGGGCACAGUAUGAAUCAAGCUGCUUAACAGCAUCAGAUAACAAGGAAGGACUACUGAUAUCCUAACAGACAUUAGGAAUAUAAAUAAUAGAGGACGUAUUUCUUCAAUUUGUAAUUAUUUGUAAAUUAAUUGUCUUUAAAUUGUACGGCUUUUGAGAAAAAUGUGAACCGUGUUUUGAUUGUAAAUAGAUUUAAUUGUUCCAUUUCUAUCAUAAAAUUAUGUAAAAAUGUUUUUAGGGCAUAUUUAUAAAGUUGCCAUUUGGUUAUAUGGUUAUGUUAUAUAGAAUUUUUUACACAUGCAGUGUGGGGUUUUUUUUCCUUGACCUUUUAGAAAAAAAUAGUAUUAGGAGAUAAAGUGGAAGUUUUUCAACUAGUUUUUUCUUCUUUUUUUGACAAUCUGUGGAAAUUAGGUUUAUAGUAAUCUCUUUUGUUAUGAUACUGAAUAAUAACUUUUUUCCCCAGCUGUAAAAAAAAAAAAAAAAACCUACUUUUUUUUUUUUAAUGUCUCAGUAGUAAAACCGCCAGCAGGGGGCGCGCUGUACCGGGCCCGUUGUGCUGGGGGUGGAGCCACAGUUCACUUGAGUUUUUUUUUUUUUUUUUUUCAAAACCAUGUUGGGUAAAAUCAUCAUUAACUUGAGUUUGCUGUAUUUUUUUUUUUUUUUGAUAUAAUAAACACU